GAAGCAUUAUGAUGCCCCGUCAUAUAAGGAUAUAAAGGUUAGUUAUCUUCUUACACGAUUAUGGUUUAGCUAUACCAAUAUGUAAUGUCUGGAUCUAUGGAUCUGCCUCUGGGUGUACAAGAGCAAUUUCAUUCGAACUUGUGCAUAAAGUAGCAAAACAAAUUAUGUAUACAAAACCGCUCACAUAUUUUCCAUCAUACAGGAAAUUUUCAAACUUUGGGAAGAAUCAAAUGAAGAAGCUAGAGAGGAGAUGUUCAGAGACUUCGUGAAUAAGAAUGUGAAUCUCAACAAAGUAGAUGAAUCUAUGAUAGUCACUGCAAUAGUGGCACCACCAACAGCCAUGGUGGCUAAAAGAACCGGACAAAGAACGCUGGCUCAGCUGAAAUUUAUGAAUGCCAUUCCUGAUGUUGUGUUUGUUCCUUCAGCUACUGUUUUGGCUCUCAUUGCUGUCAAAAUCCUAAGGUUAAUGUUCAUAGGAAAUGGCACAACAUCAAAUGCACUUAAAACUGCACCGGAUCGUUCACAAGAAAACAUAUCAAAAAAUACAUCAAAAUCCAGUGCAACACAUGACACGAAAAAAACAUCUGAUGUACCUGAAACAACACCGGAUCGUUCACAAGAAAACAUACCAAACACUACAUCACAAUAUAGCGCAACACAAGUCAUGGAAAAACCAUCUGAUGCACCUGAAACUUCACCGGACCGUUCACAAGAAAACAUACCAAACACUACAUCAGAAUCCAGUGCAACACAAGACAUGAAAAAACCAUCUGAUGCACCUGAAACUGCACCGGCUCGAUCACAAGAAAGCAUACCAAACACUACAUCAGAAUCCAGUGCAACACAAGACAUGAAAAAACCAUAUGAUGCAUCUGAAACUGCACCAGAUCGUUCACAAGAAAACAUACCAAACAUUACAUCAGAAUAUAGUGCAACACAAGACAUGAAAAAACCAUUUGAUACACCUGAAAUUGCACCGAAUCGUUCACAAGAAAACAUAUCAAACACUACAUCAGAAUCCAGUGCAACACAAGACAUGAAAAAACCAUUUGAUGCACAUGAACUCACCUCCAAGGGAGAGUACUGUUCCUUGUGUAAUAUAGUUCAUGAUGAAUGAUUAACUGUUCUAUUAUAGUUUAUAUACUAUUUAUGUUCAUGUCAUGUCAUAUACUCUUUCCAGGCAUAAUUAUAUGUAAAAGGAAGGGUAAUUUUAUAUACAUUUUUAU